UCUAUUUCAGACACUGCUGGAAGCAGUAAUAUCUGUUGGUAUAUAUUGUAGGUGUUGAUUCAGUAUUGAUUUUAAUAUCAGUAAUUGUGGGUUAAGUGUUAGAAGAGACAGUGCAGUGCACUUGAUGUAUUAAUAUUUGAUGUAUUUAAGGAUUAUUUAGUCUUAAAUCCGCGUUGCAUAAUAAUAUUUGUAAAUAAAAUUUGAGUCUUCAAUGUCGGCUUUAACCUCAACAGUAUGUCUUCAGCUGAGAUGGCAGACGUCACUUCAGUUUGUCAGAUUUAGAAAACGGAUAAAUAUUCAGAGACCAGCACCACCACAUUUUGAGAGAGCCAAAGUUCUAAGUGUUUGUAAGCCAUACUAUUUGAAUCCUAGGAAAGGCUUGUCCUUGGCUGACCUAUGUGAGAAACCAAUUGAAGUGCUUCCUUACAAGGAAGUUGUGAAAAAUCCAUAUGAACACAUUUUAGCUAGAGAAGCGCUGAAUUGGUUCAAUCAUUCAAGACUGGUUGCUUUCUUCCAUUCAAAUCCAGUUUCUGCAGAUGACAGAUUUAGAAUCAAUAUUAUGUUGAAGAAGCAGAAUAUGCAUUUAAAACAAUAUGGAAAGAAGGUAAUUACAAUGGCUUUAGAAGAAACAAAUUAUGAACCAGUUCUUACACUGUUCACAUCAAGAAAUUUCAUAGUUUUCAGUGAGGAACUUCAAGUAUCACAAUUGUUGAAAUUAAACAGAAGAAUGCCUCAGUUUGUUCUCAUGGCUGCCAUUGUGGAUGGUAGGUUGAUGAGUAAGAAUGAACUGGUGAAGUACAGCAAGAUGCCAGAUCUUCAGACAGCUCAAGCUGGAUUGGUGGCAAUUCUCAACUCAGCUGCUGUGAAGUUAACACAGAACUUAACACAUCAUCAACAAACUUUACUUGGGCACUUACGGAAACAUAUCGAGAUACAACAGAAGUCACCAAGUGAAGAAGAAAAAUGAUUACGAAUCAUCGCGUGUAACCAUAUUGUUGGAGAGUUCCUUCCACAGGUGCUGGGACUCAGUGGCAGCAACUUUGUUUAUCUGGAGAAGUUUCAAACAAGAUGAACUCCAAUGGCAUAUCAUGGACAGUGGUGCUGUCAUAUGGAACAAUCAUGAAAACAUACAGAAAGAAGCAUGUGCAGGUCAUUUCGAACAGCAAGCCCUUGCAUAAGUAUGUAUGUUAUGUUACAACAUAUGUUAAACAUGAAUAGAAUACCAUUCCCAUGUAGAUGACUAGUUUCUUUAAUUAAAAUGAUUUUAUUUAAUCAG